CAUGAAUACCUUAGAAAACAGAAAAGUUCAAAACACUGAUACAUCUGUUAAUCACCAGUAUAUAGGCGAAGAUGAUUUCGAAGGAAUUCCGUGUUAUGUCUUCAGAAUGCAAGCAACUAUCGGCAAAAAAGUAAACACUUACACUUUAACAGUCGAACAAAAAACCAGUGCUCCAAAACGUUAUGAAAUGCGAGGAUACGAUACAUUGCUUGGCUCUCAUUAUGAUAAAUACGAGAUCUUGUACACGAUGUUCAACGCAACGACGCUAUCAGAUGAUGUAUUUGAAAUCCCAAAAGGAAUGACGUGCCACGGGAUGCCUGUGCCUGGAAUGGAGUCCAAUAUCAGAGUCAAUCCGAUGCGAGACUUCUUUGGCCCCAUAGGGGAGGAUCGUGUUCAUGAAGCAUUCAAAGAAUUCAUAAAAAAAUACAAAAGAAAGUAUGGCGAAAAAGAUUAUGCGGAAUUCGAACGCAGGAAAGGUUAUUAUAGAAACACUUUGAGGUGGAUACAUUCACAGAAUCGUGAAAACAAGGAAGCCCUCUAUGCCAUCAACUUCCUAGCAGAUUACAAGGACGCUAAAGAAUAUUUCGGUGGAUGCUAACAUUUGCCAACAGCAGAAAGUGAAGUCAACAAGGAUAGACUGAGUUUGGUUCAAAAGUGAAAAAACAAGACCACAUUUAUUCAAUUGAUUGUUCGGUGAACUGUUUGAUCAGGUUAUUGUUUUUGUGAAACUUUUAAGCUGGGAAUGAUCACAUGAAACAUUAGCUUGUUUCAUUGUAGUUGAUAAAAUUUAAUUUAGUAUGUUUCGUUGUUCUAAUGUGUUGCUAUUAUUAUUUUAAUUAUAUCCUAUUAGCGUGGCUAAAUAAAGUUUUCUAUUCUAUUAUACAUAAUUAUUAAAAAGUUUGUUAUUCAAGUAUCAGAAAAUUACAUUUAUGAAUUCAAAUGUA